AUGUCGCCCGGUCAUAACUUUAGCGAAAAUUCUUCAAUUUCAACUUCACCUAUUAUGAAUUCUUAUAUUGUUCAUGUUGGCGAACAAACGUUUCGUCUUUAUCGUUCUUCAAUAACUUUCGACUCUCCUAACUUCUUUACUCAAACUUUUCUUUCUGACGAAACACCAGGAGAAAACGAUGCAGGUGUCUCUACUACUAACGCUACCUUAACUGCCGAAUCAAGCACACGGAAAGAUAAGACAAGUAUUACUACUUUGGACAACGUUGGAAAAACUGGUGAUAGCUGUGUUGGAGAAAUUGAUUUUAACAAAACAAAGUCUAGUGCUAGCACUCAAACAUAUAUUUCUCCUAAUGCAUGCGUCAAGGAAAUCACGAUUGAUAGGGAUCCUCGAUCAUUUGAAGUCAUUUUAAGAUAUCUUCGAGGUUAUACCAUAUUUCCACUUUCUUCUGUUAACUUACCUCCUGGCAUGUCACUUGACUUGUUUAGGGAAAGUUUAUUAGAAGAUGCGCGGUUCUACGGUUUAUGUCGACUUGCAAGACUACUUCAAGCAGAAACUCCAACACCUUUAAGUUACAAGGAUCCUUUCACUUCAGCCGAUAAAAUUCUUUUAUCAUUGCGUGAUGUUCCAAUUCACAAGGAAUUCAUUAAAUCUAAUUUCGAGGGAUCUUCCACCAUUGAAUUUUUUACGGGUGCUGUUCUCACACUUGAAUUAGAAUCUUCUGAUGCCUCAAUACGUUUUCAUACGAAAUUUUUGAAUGAGCAAGAUCAAAAGGCUUUAGAAACUUUGGGCGACAUUUGUGGGGAAAAUUCAAAAAUUCAAUUCUCAAGACAUUUGAGCACAAAUCGAAAUAUGCGAGAAGCAUUAAACGGGAUACGUUUAGAAAUUGAUGGGGUUCAAGUUACAGGGGUUGACAUUGCCUCUUUGGUCGGAUCUUACAGUCCAAAGGCAAAAGCUUUGGAAGAUAUGUUUCGUCAAUCCGGAGGUCAAAAAUUAGUCAUAUAUGCUCAAGAAUUUGUCUUUAGAUUAGAUCAUCAAACUCAUCUUUCCAAUAAUUUCAAUAAGGAUGAUGACAAUAAAGACAACGUUAAGGAUAUUGAUAGCAGUGAUAUUAUUUACAUUAACAGUAAUGGAGCAUUCCAAGAUGAUGAAUCAAAGAAUGAAUCAGAUCAUACAAAUCAUUUCGAGGAUAGUAGUCGUGAAACAAUUAAAGCAAACAGAUGGACUCAAGAAUGGUGGGCUUGGAAUGAAUAUAGAAUGAAAUUGGACACCCUCCAAUAG